AAGUAAUUGCAAAUCGGAGUUCUGACUAAGUUCAGAAUAUUGCGUGGGAAAUAUAGGCUAAAGAAAUGGGUUGAAGGACAGUUAUGGUAGGAAUAACUUUUCUCUAAAGUGUGUUAUACCACUGUGUGAAAUUGAAAUCAGUUCAAUCGAUGGAUUCCACAUUUGCAGGGUGCCACCGCUUCUCAGUUGGAGAAGGACAUCGGUCAUGAAUUUCCGCAAAAUGAACAUUAUUUUGGCUUGGUGAAUGUAAGUAUGCUCGCAUUCUUUCGCUCAUUUUAGAGACAGACACCAGAAUACAGCACUGAUAUGUAUUUUAAACUCCUUCUCUGCAGUUUGGAAACACAUGUUAUUGUAAUUCAGUUCUGCAAGCGUUGUUUUUCUGUCGCCCGUUCCGCGAGCGAGUUUUGGGCUACAAACCUCUUUCCAAGAGGAAGGAAUCGUUACUGACGUGUCUGGCUGAUCUUUUUGGUAACAUCGCUUCGCAGAAGAAAAAAGUUGGUGUUUUGGCGCCCAAGAAGUUCGUAGCUCGACUCAGGAAAGAAAACGGUGAGGAAAAAUUUAAUUUUUAUGAUUCUGUGUACGUGGUACACGUAGGAACUGCAAGAAGCUGUUUAAAUCAAACAAACUCGUUAAUUUCGUACUUUUGAUUAUUUUCGUGCAGUUGCUUUUCAAAUCUCUAUCAUGCAAUUGCUGAAAGAUCGAAAGGAUUUUAGCUUGAAAAAAUAGCGUAAAAAUGAUUAUAAAACUGAUUUAAGUUUCUUCGCCUCUGCAGCUAAUGAAACCGUACCGGUAGAACAUAAGUAAGACUUUCGCUGACCACGCAGAUUUCUUACAAUUUUUUCUUUGUUUUUUCUUACGUUUGUUUUUACAAAAGUGAGAAAUCUGAUUACCUUAUUGUCAAUUUGAUUGUUGUAGCUUCCGGCUUCCAGGAAGUUCUAAGAAUUUGAAUGAGUAUUACAUGCCGGUAAUAUAUAUGAUGCAAAGUUGCCUUGUCAAAUUACCCUUUUGAUUAAUGAAAAUUCACAUUUAACAGUAAUGCAUAGUUCUGGAAAAUAAACUCUGAUAAUUUUUUAUUCCCCAGAACUUGGCAUCGAUGUCAACUGUUUUUAAACCAAAUUGCAAAAUAAACUAUCACAACUGGCCAUUAUUUACUGAAUUAAUUUAUGGGACAAUGUGAUUCUAAGGGUGACAGAUGUUAAUCUAUAAUUACACCAGAAGUCAGAAAAAAAGUUAUGAAUUCCCUUCUUCUAAUCAUUUGGUAAAUAUUACUUAGAUAAGAGUAUUGUUUUGUUUACAACAAGAAGUUAUCGUCUUCAGAGACACCAGGCUACUUUUGACUGAAAAGAUAUCUGCUGAUAUAAAUUUAGUCUCAUUGAUGUAAACUUUAAUGUUUGAGGAAGUAAAGGUAAUAUUUUUUAAUAAUAACUGGCACAUAUCUUUCACAGAACUUUUUGACAACUACAUGCAACAGGAUGCCCAUGAAUUCCUUAAUUAUCUUUUGAAUACAAUAGCAGAUUUGUUACAAGGUGAGUGUAUCUGAUGCACAAAUAAAUUAAAGUUGUUAAUGAUUAUAACUACUGAUAUUUUGUUUUUCUUUGGGGGUGAGGGGAAGGAAGGGAGGGGAGGGUGGGACAUCUGGUGGUCUCUUGAUUGAACAAAGGACUUUGGAUCAAAUGUGUUGCCAAAUGUUUAGGCUGUCUCCCCCUAGGAGUACAUACAGGGGAACUUUCAGGGAAGUGUAUAAAAAUGUUUUGAGGUUAAAUGUGAUUGAGUAGCAACCCAACCAGGGGGAUGCGAGCGGCAAUUUUCUUGCUCAUUUCCCAUUAGUGAAGCCACUCAUUGGUGGGCCAGUGGUGUGAGCUCACCUUUUUUGUUUUCUUAUAUGGAUGGCAAUAUUAUCAUUCUUGUUUCUGAGAAUGUCUUUUUGUCAUCAAAUUAUUAGUUGUCUAACAAAAAUGUUUAUUGUAGGGAGGAGUGUUUGAAUCCCUGGUCUGGUAUUUUUGGCAUAAUUUUUUGGCAGUAAGAUUAUACAGUCCUUCAACCUUCAGGUGUGAUCCCACUUAUGGUGAAAAUUCUUAUUACUGAGAUGGAAAGUGAUUUAGACCAACAGUAACAAUCAAAGAGGAAAAUACUGUUUGGAGUUAAACCAAAUUCUCUCGACUAGCUUGAAAAGAAAUGUAGUUUUUUGAGAAUUGACUCUUGGAUCUUUGGCAUACAUGUACAAAUAAAAGGGUUAACAGGGUUCUAUGAUAUAUUUUACCAUGAUCUUUUAUGUCUUAAUUCAAGGUGAAAAGGCGAAAGAAAAAGACAAAGAAAAACACAGCAGCACCAGUAGUGUAAGCAGUAAAAGUAGUGUGUCUUCUGCAGGAACAACAAAUGGAGGAUCACAACAGAAUAACAAGACAGAACCUACCUGGGUUCAUGAUAUCUUUGAGGGAAUUUUAACAAAUGAAACAAGAUGUCUGUGCUGUGAAACAGUAAGUGAAGGCAUGGAAUUAACCUUUUAUUCCCAAGAUCUCAUCAAUUAAGUCUCCUUACUGUCUGCCUUAGAAUUCUUAUGAUGUCAAUUCAGAUAAUUUGGUGUUGAACCUACUUACACGUAUAAUAAUUACUUAUUUUUCUUUGUUCUCAUUACUUGUCUGCUUGAUAUUGUAUUGAUAUUGUGAGGAGAAAUUCUGUUUUGGUCACACAUGGGACUUAACAGAGUUAAAUAUUUGGUGGUCUGAUAGAUUGGUAUUUAUGAUGUUUGCUGCUGUUGGAUGACAAAGAUGAAUUGGGAGGCUUGAUGAAAGCAGCCAGAGUCAGAAUGAUGAAAGUACAACAGUCACUGUACUUGAAAUUGGCAGUAUUUUUACCACAAAUCAUAACUGCAAGUAGCUAUUACCUUUUUAUUCAGCAGUGUCCUCAAAGAAUGAACCAAUACCAUCAUAGUGGAGCUCGCAGAGCGUAGCCCCAUAAUUAUACAAAAUAGUAGUAACCCAUCAAGCCAAAAAAAUUUGGAUGUGAGGCAGUACAACUGUACAAGAUGCUACUUUUAACAUGCAUGGUCAACUGUACUGCAGGCACACCAACGCCAUGGCUUUGUUCAGUGGUCCAGUGGUCAGUGCACUGGGCUCUGAGUUGGACAACCCGGGUUUUAGUCCUGGCCGGGGCAAGGCGUUGUGCCCUUGAGACGUGCAGGAAAGAAAAAUGCAAGCUUUGCUUUUAGGCUUGGCUAAAUCUGUAUAUUAUGAAACUCCUUUUGAUUUUAGGUCAGUAGUAAGGAUGAAUCAUUUCUGGAUCUUUCUGUGGAUGUGGAACAAAAUACUUCAAUAACACAUUGCCUUAAGUAAGUAACAUUUUCGCCAAAUUGUUUUUGUAAAGAACUGGUGGUCUCUAAAUAGCUACUUUAAGCCUUAUAGUUCAUCUCUUAAAAUCAGCCAUAUGUACCCUCAACCCACGUAAGUACAGUGUAAUGAGCAGAGAACAGAGAACAGAGGUUGUUGUACAUGUACUGUAAGUUAUACCUCUAACAAAGAUAGUGAGUUAUAUAGAAGUUGUAUGUCAAAAUGUAUUUCAGGUCAAGAAAGGCAGUUAGUAAUAUACUUUAGAUAAAUGUAGUUUUAACCUUGAAUUUCUUCUUUCUUUUUUUAUAAACAGAGGCUUCUCCUCUACCGAGACACUUUGCAGUGAGCAUAAGUACUUUUGUGAAACAUGCUGUAGUAAACAGGAGGCACAGAAGAGGUAACUCAUUCUUACCAAUAAAAGUGCAAUUGCUGCUACAAAGGCCACAUAUGCAAAACUGAACAACUGGAUUAGAGGGUGGUGGUACAGCUAGUACAAUCCAGGAUUUUAUUAAUGCAGAUUUGGCCAUCAUAUGUCUAUAGACCUGUAUAAUGCUAUCAAUUGCGAUUUGUCUUCCAGGAUGAGAGUGAAGAAACUACCAAAGAUUCUAGCACUUCACUUGAAAAGGUUUAAAUACAUGGAACAGUUACAGAGAUAUGCAAAGUUGUCAUACAGAGUAGUGUUCCCCUUUGAACUGAGACUCUUCAAUACAGUGAGUACAACAGAAUUAUAAUCAUUGUGAGUUCCUAUGGUCUUAAGUAGACAGACGUGUGGUGGUUUAUUGGUUAGGGUGCCAGACUCUGUUGAGACCUUUGGGUCAUUGUGUUAUGUUUUUGGGCAGGACACUUGCACUUCACAGAAGAGAGUUUUAGAUCCAGGUUUGGUGUGUUAGUUCCAAGCAUCAAAUUGUGGUUGGCAGUUUGAGUUUAGAAGUUAGUCGUUCUAAGAUUUUCAGCUUGUCAGAUGGAUGUUGACUUUCACCUGAAAAAAGUCAACAUGGUUGCUGCCAUCCUGAAUUACACAAAAAGAGAAUUCACCUCACAUACAUUUACAGAACAUACAUGAAAACUUUCGAACAGGAAGAAGAAAAGCACAGAUGGAGUUGACCUUCCCUGAAACUGCCUUGCAUGAAGUUCAAACGUGGACUGUUGGAGUCUGGUCACAUAACAUGACUCCUAGUGAUUUGCAGUCACACAUAUUCAGAAAAAAAAACAUGGAUCUGAGACUUUCUUAUACCUCUCUCCAUCCAAGUGUAUUAAUGAGUAGCUAACUGUCAGGGAAGCCUGAUGAAAUGCUGAUGGGGGUGAGAGGGGUUUUUUUUGGGGGGGGGUUACCUGUAAUGGACUGGAAUCCCAUCUAAGGGGGAGCAGCAAUACUCUACACUGCAUCAUGCUUCAGAGACCUGGAUAAGCUUCAGCUGGAGAGAAAUUGGUCUUUAAGAUGCCCAAAAGACUAAGAAUAAUUUGUUUUGUUUUGUUUGUUAUUUUUUUGUAAUUCAAGACUCAGGGUAUUGAGUCAAAUAUAUUCAACAAAUGCAAUGUAUUGCAUGUUUUUUUUUCCUAGUCUGAUGAUGCAAUAAACCAUGAAAAACUUUAUGAUCUUGUUGCUGUUGUCAUACAUUGUGGCAGGUGAAUGAUUUCUUCUGAAAUUCACAUCUUCUGUAUUUUCUGUAAACAUUCAAUAAUUCUCCACGCAAUUUCUGGCGAAAGUGUUAUACAAGCAGGUGAUGUGAAAUAAGAAAAUUAUCAUCAAGAGAAGUUGUAUAAAAUGCCAGAUUCUUGUGAUAGCCCGGAAACAUAUGUAUCAAUGAUAAUCCCUUAAGGAAAUAACUCUUUGCACCAUAGGUUGUAAUAAUUAGCGAAACUUGUAAUCAUGUCACUUAGAUCUGUUAAGUCUGUAAAGAGGUUUAAAAUUUUUCUGCUAGUACUUUUGGGUGCUGACUUUUAAAUUGCUGUUUAGUUCAUGGCAUAUCAUUUUUAAUUUUGUUAUUUCAGUGGACCAAACCGGGGACAUUAUAUUACUAUUGUGAAAAGCCAUGGCCUUUGGCUUCUCUUUGAUGAUGAUAUUGUAGAGGUUAGUGCACUACUUGGAAUGGGGUUGUUGUUGUCAUUUUUAAAAUACAUUAAAUUGUUUUCAGGUGACAGUUAUUUACAGGUAUUUCCACAGUAAACAACUUUUACAUUCAUGUAUUUAGGAGCCCAGUGUUCACUACUUAAAAAUGACAAGGCAAAAUUUGAGAUAUGCUGAACUUGAAGUUUAUCACAUCAACAAGUGCUUCACUGAAAUCCAAAUACACAUAUUCACUGAAAAAAGCAAAAUAGAAACCAAAUCAACAACAAACAAAAAGGUCCAAUCAGUAAAAACAGAUCAAUAUUUUUAUGCCUUGUUCUGUUGAUAAACUAAGGGAAAAAACCUAACUCCACAAUAAAAACAAGCUUAACUCACUUGAACUGAAAACCAUGUGCUUAACAAAAGUCUAUAUCCUUAACUGUCACUAUGAUACAUCAAGCAUUUUUUUAUGACCCAAUAUCCAUGAAAAGAAUUCAGUUCCCUGCUAAUAAGGAGAAAUUAAGGAAUUAACAACAUUUUUAUCCUUUCAUCAACUUGAGAAUUUUGAGCUACUAAUACCAGUUUGCCAUAAUCAAAAUACCAUUGACCUUUUUAACUAUUAUUUUGCUUUCAUCAGAAAAUCGAAGCUCAAGCAAUAGAGGAGUUCUAUGGUUUGACAUCAGAAAUCCAAAAGUCUUCCGAGUCAGGCUACAUCCUAUUUUAUGAAGCAAGGGGUUAGAUUGAAAAUAAUGCUACUAAAAUGUAUUUCUAAGUACUAAUUUUUAAGGGACUUUCAGGUGUCUUGGGGCUCAAGACAAACAUGAUCCAAUAAGGCACAGGCUGACUUGGCAAAGGUGUUGUGGACAGAUAUUGUCCACAGCACUUUCACAGGUCUAAGUCAUCUUUUUUGUCUUUUAUUAAGCCUUUAAAACCCAAGAUCAGAUUGUAAAUUCUCCCAUCUAACUGGUACACAUUUCUUUGUAAACCAGUUAUGAGAAUUUGGUGUUAGAUCAAGUUAAAUCUUCUGCUUGAUAAGCCUAAGUAUUGUCAUUGCCUGUUUCCAGGAUAAAUUAUGGGCAAUUGUAAGGAGAAGUUACAUUUCAAUCACUUCUAGGAGUUUAAGGGUUAACCUGAACUGCAAUUUUUACCAGUGAAAUGCUGGGUAAACCUCAAAUUAUGUUUUAGGAAAUGCUUUUUCCUCUUCUCUCUCCUUUGUCCUUUUCAUUUUUUUUUUUCCUGCAACAUUCUUGUAAACUAAGAUACUUGAAAAGUGUCAACAGGUUAAGUGCUGCAAGAGUGGGUUUAAAAAAAAAGGAAAUUUAUCACAAUUUAUUUAAUCUCAACUUUGGCACAAGAGGCUAGUGUCUUCUCUUCCUCAUCAUUAAGUUAGGCAUCCAGUUUGAUUUUGUCUUCAAAAUUCAGUAGACUCAGUUCCCUUUUAGCAAUUUCUAAUGAGCUUUAGGCACUGGUUACUGAGAUUUCUGCGAGCACAUGUAGGUUACAAAUACAGAAGAUCUUUACCCAGUAGGCAAGUUAAUAUUAAGUUAGUCUUGAGCUCCGAAAGACUCUAUCAAGUAAAUUCUGCAACUGUUUUUGAUAAUCAGGAAGAAUGUGUAAUUUUUUUUUACUCUGAUAGGAAUUGUUUUCUUGUGAUAGGUAGCUAGCUUUGGAUGUCAACUGUAAAGGACAGUGGCUGUAAGAUAAACUGUAAUCAAUCAAGCAUUCAGUUGACCUGUAAUGCUACAUUGUAAAUUUUUUUGGUGGCUGUUGCUUGGUAUUAUUGUCUUUCAAAACUUGCAAACUCUGAAGUUCAAAACCCAGCAAAGGCAAGAAGUAGUGGUCCAAUUUCUAUCUUUGGAAUUGUGGAAUUACUGUACAAGUAACAGAGAGAGAUGUUGUUCAUCCUGUCACCAGCAUGGGAUGAAGAAUGAAUUAUGCUUCCCCUUGAGGAGUCAAACCUCAAAAGCUCAGAUCUUUAGAUUCCAUGCUCUAAUGCUCAAUGUUGCAUUUUUUUAGAGAGCCAGAAUUCCUUGAAGAGAUGUGUAAUUUAAAAUAUUACACUUCCCACAAAACUUUGGUGUGUUUCAACCUUUAAGAUUGGAAAGGUAAUUCCUCAAACAAGAGACAACACCUUUCUUGUUGCCUUAUAGUGAGAAUCAACUGCUAAGUAGAAGUAAUUCUCAAUGUUGAAAACUUGUUUUGAAAUCUCAUUUCCUGUCCGUUGUGUUGUGUAUCAGAAUUUUAAGGAGAAUUAAAGCUCUGAUCACUCUUACCAAGAGUCUCAGUCUGCUAGUUGUUAUGAAAUCUUAAUAUUCAUCAGUUUUAACUUCAGAGUUUGCAUUAUGAGGUGAAAUAACUACAAUCAGUUCUGUGAUAUCAUUAUGCUGUUUAAGAAUGUAUCUUGCUGUACAGUUUUAAUUUCUAUGAACGUACAAUAAAGUAUUAACUAUCAUGUA